AUGAUUCCCAGUUCUCUUAGUGCUCCUAGUUCUCCUUGGUCUCCUAGCUAUACUAGUUCUAAUAGUGCUCCUAGUUCUCCUUGGUCUCCUAGCUAUACUAGUUCUAAUAGUGCUCCUAGUUCUCCUUGGUCUCCUGGCUCUACUGGUUCUCAAUCUCUUAGUUCUCCUUGGUCUCCUAGCUCUACUGGUUCUAAUAGUGCUCCUAGUUCUCCUUGGUCUCCUAGCUCUACUGGUUCUAAUAGUGCUCCUAGUUCUCCUUGGUCUCCUAGCUCUAUUGGUUCUAAUAGUGCUCCUAGUUCUCCUUGGUCUCCUAGCUAUACUAAUUCUAAUAGUGCUCCUAGUUCUCCUUGGUCUCCUAGCUCUACUGGUUCUAAUAGUGCUCCUAGUUCUCCUUGGUCUCCUAGCUCUACUGGUUCUAAUAGUGCUCGUAGUUCUCCUUGGUCUCCUAGCUCUACUGGUUCUCAAUCUCAUUGUUCUCCUUGGUCUCCUAGCUCUACUGGUUCUCAAUCUCAUAGUUCUUCUAGUUCUCCUAAUUCUCUUAGUUCCGUUUAA